UGCAGAAGUCUUUGGUCAACCCUUCUCGACUACCAGCAGGUCCCGUGCUUCUAGGUGUUCUUCUCAAAUUUAGGCGUGUUCCGUUGUGUUUUGCCAUUUGAUAUAUUUUAGGGCUCGAACUGGGGAUGUUGAGUAUUUGGCCGCUCAGAAUGGCAGAAAACAGUAUUUGCAUUUUCAGCCAUUGGUCAGGAACAGCGUGUGUGUUCAGAUGGCACAUCCUCCUCUUAACAAACAACUAGAUUUGUAACACUUGCACUCGGCUUGUAAACAAGUUUUGUUGAAUUCCACCUGGAGUUUAAUACUCUCGGCUAGGAACGUUGUGCUUCCUGCAGGUGGCUUUAGGGUGGCAGUUGAGGGCUUAGAAGUAAGAAUUCUCCAGUUCAUCAGAGCAAGCUGCCGUCUUUAGAUAAAUUCAGAGGCUUUAGAUGUGAAGGUUUCAUUUGUAGCUGGGAUCUGGUGCUUGAGAUAAAAGUGUUGACACUCCGAUGGAAGCAUUUAGACUAUCUUCCCAGAGCAGGCUUCCCUGCGUUUGCGGAUUAUACUUGGAAUUUCAGAAAAGCUGAGGACUAGGAAGUUGAGUUGAAUGGAAGCGGGAACGUCCUCCCUGUAGAGGAAAUGAGCAAAUGGUGUGGCCAGAGAAAUCGUGUCUACUAAGGCAGACAAAAAGAGUUCGUCUUUCCUUUUCCUAGAAGAAAACAAUAUUUGGUACGUAACUCCGGCCUCCUUUCUCCUAAGCAGGUGAUGGGAGAGCCUCAUUCACUGGGGCCAGGAACUCAAGAGCUGCCCGCUGUGAAAUUCAAGAAAAUAUACUUUUUCUGCUUAGCAGACUUGGGAGAAUCUGAAACGCAUAAGGUGCUCUCUCUCCUCCCCCCCUGCCCCAUUUGAUAAGCCCAAAUAGCUGGGAUGCUCCGAUGUUUUCUUUAUGGGAAGAUCUUGGGGAGAAACCUGCAAAAAAAAAAAAAAAAUAGAUGGUCAUCCGUGGACAGACAGCCUUGGGGGAAGUUGGUUUUGUGAGUGGGGGUCCCAAGCGGGCGAGAGAGUGGAUGUGUUGUGUUUUUCAUUGCGCACCAAAUUGAUGCUCUUCAAGAGGGAGUCUUACCGGGAUUUUCAGGAUUUCUACACAAAAGCAUUGAACCAAUAGCCUAGAAUGCCCCACGUGGCCAUCCUUUGACUGACAGAUAUCCAUAAGUUCAUUUUUCAUGUAAAUAAAAAAAAGGGAAGGAAUAAUCUGAUUUCUUCAAGAUGGUCAUCUCCAGAAAAAAUGGAGACCGAAACCUCAGAAGUCCCAAUUUCUCAGCAGGCUGCGGAAGAUGGCUUCAAAGUUUUGAAAAGCGGCUUGAAACUGAAAGCUCGUCUCUCAAACCCCUUCGAGUUCUUUUACCAAGCUGGUUUCAGUUAAGAAAAGGAAUAUGACUCAGCCGGAGCCCUGAGUGUACCAUGGCCAUAUUUGGUGGCAAUCGUCUCUGAGCAGAGGGCCUCCUGCAUUGCUAGGAGAUCAGGUUGACAGGCUUGGGACGAUGCCCUGGACCGGCAGGAGGAGGUCUGGGCUGCAGGUCACCGGAGGACAGGUUGGAGCAGCCAAGUAGACUUCACCAACUCAAGUAUGAGAUGGUUUGUUUGCCACCUGAAAAUGGGUGUGUUCCUCUGAGACCUUGGUCAACACACCUUAAGGGCCUUUCCAAAGCACAAGAAUUCUCAGAAAAACGCUUGAAGUUAAGUGUUGAGGAAGAGAGAACGUUCUGCCUCGGUUGCUUCCACAGAGGGCGCGAAAGACUAGUGUGAUCCCAUUCACUUGAGAAGCCAUCCCGCCAGGGGACCAUAAGGUAGAUGGAUCUACCUAGACCAUGAAAUGGUCUAUAGAGUUUCCUGCAUGAGGGGACGUGGGCUGGACUAGAAGACCUCCAAGGUCCCUUCCAACUCUGGUAUUCUGUUACUGUAGCAGUAGGUCAACCUGGACGUAUUUUGUUUGCUAAAAAAAAAUUAAAAUACAUCGUCAAGUUCCAUUUGGAUACAGUGAUUAAAGAAAUUCUCAUCUCUGGCCUGUCUGUCUCUAGUUCCGGGAAAGGUUAGAUGAGGUGAAGGGUGCAUCCAUUCUGAAAAAAAGAUUAUCUUUAAACCAAACAUGGUAACAGCCAACGGGAUUGAGCGAAACGGGUUAAAAGUGGCAUAAACGUGCUUGAGUCAACAAAUAGUGAUCCCUGACGAACUGAGCAGGGUCGCCCUUCACCGGCUGCUCAGUUACUGAUUAACCCCCGCUGCCCUUUCCAUGGGGUAGCCAUGGCUGAAAACCAACUCCUGAUAACCAACAAAACACCACAACGCCUUCUAGAAAGAGCAGCUGCUCCUGCCGUUAGGACAGAUCUCUGCCCGGGAAGCCAUCUGCCAACCAGCUAUUCCUGCAAGGGAGGACUGGAGAGGGGCAGACCCUCGCGAGGAACUUUCGUGGAAAUGGAGCAAGCGAGGGUCUUGGAAAAGCAUUGUGGGGGGGGGGGAGAACCCAGGCUGUGUGAGAUGCGAGGGCUACAGCUCAGGUUUGGAGCAUUCAACGGAUCCAGGACUCCCUCGAUAACCACACAGGUUUAUUUAUUGGCAGAAACUUGCUCUGGAGACCACCAGGCUGAUAAAAUGCAUCCCGAGGAGACAACCCGAUGGCUGCAGUGGCUUUAAUUCAGCUGCUGUGAAGUGGCCCUUCUCUGGAAAGGACCAGGGGGCUAGUAAAAGAAAAAACAAGGCCAAUAAAUAAUGGGCAGAGGUCAGGGUGAUAAAUUAACGGAACAUGCCUUCGCUUUCCCCUUGGCCGCUUGAGGUUGAGCGACCUACGAGGCCUGCCAAGACUCCGGGCUGAUCCACUUUCAAGACUCUUCGGGUUGUGCAAUUGUUUGAAGAGCCUGAAAGUUGAAAGGGACCUCGGAGGUCUUCUAGUCCAACCCCUGCCCAAGCAGGAGACCUUGUACCAUUCUGGACAAACGGCUGUCCAAUCUCCUCUCGAAGGCCUCCAAGGAUGGAGCACCCACGACUUCUGGAGGCAAACGCAUCCCACGGACGGUCAGGAAAUUUCCCCCUAUUCCUAGGAUCAUCCACCUCCACUUUGGAUUCCUUUAUGCAUCCGUGGUUUGGAUGACAGAGUUGAUCCUGAGCGUCUAGUUGUGGUUGUUUUUUGUGAUGUAUUUUUAUCCUAAGCCACCUACAGACCCCUAGUAAAGGUGAGAUGAGCAGCUGUAAAACUUGAGUAAGUAAAGAAGUGUGCAGAACAAUCCCAAUUGAAGGGGGUGCUGCAAGACACCAGCCUUUAAACCAGCCAAUUCUAUUCCGGUUUAAUAAGAAUUAAGUCACUUCAAGAUUUUGCUUACAGUAAAGGGGGGGAGAAAAAGGUCGAAAACUCUCUUUAGGCUCUUUUUCUGCCCUGGGCGGAGAGAAAUGAGAAGAAAAGCCAGAGCCAUCCACCAGGUGUAAUUCCAGUCCUCCACCACGUGGGCUCCCACUUUUACCGCCUGAUUCCCUCUCCGCUCUGGCACUCCCCUCUAUAGGCUCCCACGUCCGUCGCAAGGCAGCGCAGGCGUAGUGACGAAGGCCGCACCGACAGCAGCGGCGGCGGCGGCGAUGUCCCGCAAGCAGGCGGCGCGGGCGCGGCCCGGGAAGGCGGAGGUGGAGCGGAAGCGGGACGAGCGGGCGGCCCGGAGAGCGCUGGCCCGCGAGAGGCGCAACCGGGCCCAGGGCGAGGGCGAACACGACGGCGGCGGUCUCAACGAGCAGCUGAGAGCGCUCGGACUGCGCCUGCGCGAAGUGCCGGGCGACGGGAACUGCCUGUUCAGGGCCCUCGGGGACCAGCUGGAGGGCCACUCGCGGAACCACCUCAAGCACCGGCAGGACACCGUGGCCUACAUGAUCCAACAGCGGGCAGAUUUUGAGCCCUUCGUGGAGGACGACGUCCCCUUCGAGAAGCACAUUGCCAAUUUGGCCCAGCCGGGUACAUUUGCUGGCAACGACGCCAUCGUAGCCUUUGCGAGGAACAACCAAGUGAACAUCGUCAUUCACCAGCAAAACGCCCCCCUCUGGCAGAUUCACGGGACAGACAAGAGCAACGCCCGAGAGCUGCAUAUCGCGUAUCGCUACGGCGAGCACUACGACAGCGUCCGAAAGAUCAACGAUAACUCGGCGGCUCCCGCUUGGCUGCAGACAGAGAUGCUCUGCCAAAAUGAGUCCCCAAACAAGGAGGCGCCCCAGGCGAAGGGGGAGAGGCAGCAGCCGGAAGAAGGAACUCGGGAGGAAAUGGACGACGCUCUCCAGAAAGUCCACAACGCCACCGGAUGCUCGGACGUUGGUUUAAUUGCCCAAGUCCUGGAGGCAGAAGGUUCCAGCAUUGAGUCCGCCAUCUUUGCCGUUUUCCAGAUGAAAGAGUUGGAAAAACUUCGCAAGGACUCACCACAGAGGAGAAGGACUGGGCUGCUGCCACAGAGCGGACGGGCCAUCCUGGAAGGAGCAGCACACCAGGCAGGAAACUCUACAAUCCUUGGGUUGGGAGGGACCUCAGAGGUCUUCUAGUCCAGCCCCCUCCGGCUGGUUAACUCCACUCCCCGGAACCCCCGAGGAAGCCCAACCGGUGGAUGCUUCCAGGGCAACGGAGUCUCAGUCCACACCGGCUUGGGGUGGCUCUGAAUUGAAUGUCGGGAGCAUCACGAGUCGACCAAGAGUUGUUUUCUUUGCCAUGACAGCUAGAGAGGUUCAACCUUCGUCAGAGCAACCCUGGAUCUGUCAGCCUUGGAUCAAAGGACACCACUCACCUGGCAGUGCCUGCGGGCAUCAGCCAAGUGUUCUCAGAGGGUGUGUGCAAAACCAGGAUGGAUGGACAACCGGGUCCAUCUUCUCCCCGGUCCUUCCAUAAAGCUCCUAGGCAAGGCCUCCCUACGCAAGGCCUCCCAAGUCAGCAACCCCGGAAAAGGUCACAUGCUUUUCUUGCUGAGUUUGUGGUGGACUUGGGAGUGGCAGAUUGGAUUUGUGGGGGACUUUUGAGGGAGUAAAGGCAGCUGCUGUCCCUGGUCCUGAAGUUUAACCUUCUUGAGACCUGUCCAUGUUGCGGUUCGGGAAUUAUGCAGCCCAGCAAACCCUGUUUCGAAAGGACCACAAAGCCCAUCUCUGCAACAAACCCACCAGACCCGGCUGCAGCUUUUCACAGUGUGGUCCGAGACCGUUGUAACUUCGAAUGGUCCCUAAUCGAAUGAUUGUAAAUCGAGGACUUCCUGUAUUUAAUCCUGCUAAUUGCAACUUAGAUCUGAAUUUUUUUUUAAUCCAGAUUUGGAUUAAUCCAAAUUUAAUCCUUGUGGAUGUGGAAUAUAACUUCCUGAACGUC